AUGACAGAAAAGGCUGUUUUUGACAUUACACAAUUACCUGCAUCGUUUAAAAAGUUUCUUGAGGACAAUGACAUUGACCCAGCGGUAUACACAGUAGCUGAUCUCCCUCGUUACAUUCGAACCAAUACCCAUGUGCCACUCUCACGACGCCCAACAUUACAAGACCUAAAAGAUCAGUUUGAAACUGAGCAAGUUAUUCCUGUACCUGGGUUACAAGAUUUCUUUAGCGUUCAAUUGGGUGAUAAGCGUAUAUCCGAUAUUUCGGCGUACAAGGAACAUGCUAUUUUUGGCAUCGAUCUUAGCUCCGCCAUCGCCGUACAAGCAUUAGAGCUCCAACCCGACGAUCAAGUGUUGGAUCUCUGUUGUGCUCCCGGAGCCAAACUUUGCAUGAUUGCUAAUCUUUUGGGUAAGGAAGGCUUAGGUACUGCCACAGGUGUAGAUUUAGCAGCCCAUCGAUUAGCCACUUGUCGCUCCUUAUUAAAGAAAUACAAGGUAGGAGAAAAAGUGAGGUUAUUUGAAGCAGAUGGCACAACUUUUUCCGUCUUGCCUCCUCAAAGAUUAGGUAAUCGCGUCAUUUGUGCCACAGACAAUGAGAAGAAACGUCAAAAGACGACCGUCGUGAAACCCUUUUGGGCUUCCAGGUUGCUUCGCUUCGAUGACCAGUCGAGGAGUGGGAUUGGCUAUGAUAAAGUGCUGGUGGAUGCAGAGUGUACACAUGAUGGAAGUAUAGCUCACAUUCUAAAGGUAAUCUUGAAUUUAACAUCUAUAGGUGUAAAAGUGUGCUCAAUUCUCCUUCUAUUCACCAUGUAG